AUGACCAAGGACAACCGCCUCCUUGGCAAGUUCGAGCUUCGCGUCCCCCCAGCGCCGCGUGGACAACCUCAGAUCGAAGUGACCUUCGAGAUCGACAGCGAUGGUAUCCUCAACGUCGCUGCCGAGGAUAAGGGCACCGGCCGCAGGGAUCAGAUCACGAUCCAGAACCAGAACCGACCGACGGAGGAAGAGAUCCAGAAGAUGGUCAAGGACGCCAAGGCCUUCGAGCACGAGGACCGGCAGAUGAGGGAGCGCGUCGAUGCUAGGCUGGGUUUGGAAGGCUACCUGCAUGGACUCCACAGCAUGGCCACGGAGGGCAGCUCGCGCUUGAUGAGCUCAGAAGAGCAGAGCAUCUUGGAUGCUUUCCGGGCUGGCCAAGAUUGGUUGGACGCCAACCCAGCAGCAACUACGGAGGAGAUACAGAUGAAGCAGAAGGAGAUCGAAGAUCUUUGCUCUCCCAUCGUCUCUAGAUACUAUGGGGCGGACACUUCAGGUAGCCCAGGUGAGGAGGACGAAGCCCAUGACGAGCUGUAG